UCCACGAGGCACUAUCAACAGAGUCUGUUUGUGCUGCUCACUCUUUUCUUUCUAAGCCCUUCGGCUUUAUCUGUCUCCCCUUCUUCUUGGACCCUACAGACCUCAUAGGACCCGGGGCCACAUCAUGUUUCCACGUGCACUGCCGCUGCUGCUGCUAUGUAUCUCCACAGGCUUGGCUGCCACGCUUAUCCAGGCCUCUUCUGAUGCAGCUGCGGUGGAUUCUCCAGCUGACGGCUCUGUUUUACCUGAAGCUCAGGCUGGUGAAACCCCAGAUGACAUCUUGAUGGCAGAUGCCCCUGUUGAGGGAAAACCUGCAGAGACCCAGAGCUCCAUGCAAGAAUCUGAAGAUGAUUCAGACUGGGGCUUAGGUUCUAUCAGAGGGGGUUUCCAGGCAGUGAAUGGCUAUUUUGACUCCAUACUGGAGCUGAUGGGGGGUCGAGAUGGUGUAUGUCAGUACCGCUGUAGAUAUGGUAAAGCUCCUCAGCCUCGUGCUGGAUAUCAAAUGCCGGAGCCUAAUGGUUGUAGCACCUUACUGCUUGGCUUCCAGGUACCGAACGGUUUUGAUAUUGGUGUCCCAGCCAUGACCAAAUGUUGUAAUCAGUUAGACAUUUGCUAUGACACCUGUGGCUCUAACAAGUACCGCUGUGACACCAAAUUCCGCUGGUGCCUCCAUAGCAUCUGUGGUGACCUGAAGAAGAGUCUGGGCCUCAUGUCAAAAGUUGAAGCCUGUGAGACCUUUGCGGACACCCUGUAUAACACCAUGUGGACUUUGGGCUGCAGGCCCUUCAUGAACAGCCAGAGGGCAGCCUGCUAUUGUGAAGGAGAAGAGAAGGAUGAACUGUGAAGACCUACAAACCACAAAAACACACCACCUUUAACACAUAUAAACACUUUACAAGUUUAAACUACUCCACACUAGGGGUCAGUAUUAGGAUGAAUCUCAUUAAAACACCCUGGUCACAUUUCACCACAUUAAUGAAAAGAAACAAUUAGGCAGAUUUACUGCAAUGCACAACAGUGGUGGUUGUUGUUGGAUUCUCAUUAGUUGAAUAUAGUUAUUUUAUUUAUCAUUAUUAUUAUUAUUAUUUUUAAUAAUUGUAAUUAACAAUUACAGCAUACAUUAAAUGCUGUAUAUGACAUACUACUGCAAUGUACAAAUACUAUUAAUUUACAUUUACUAAUUUAAGUAAAAUGUUUAUUUUAUCUGCAUUGCCGAAAAAGAGUUGUUUUGCAUAAUCGAAAUGAAAAUUUUGCAGAAAUUAGCCUAAUCUUCCUAAAAAUGUCACAAAGCAA